AAAUCUACGAAUUCCUUUUGGCCUGUCAUUGUUUGCCUGCCAACAUUUUGCAUAAGACAUUUGAUCCUUCUGAACUCAGUUCCCUUUUAUGCUGCCAUUCCAUGCAUCUAGAUAUUUUGCUACUUUUUUUUUGUAGGCAUGUUGACAGUUUCUUAGGUGUAUGCUCAUGUUCCAGGAAGAUGGCUUUUUAAAAUUUAUCUUCACAUCUUUAAUACUCAACGAUAGAGGAGAGAUUUCUGUUUUGCAAAUGGAACAAUUUUGAAUGACUUAACCAAAGACAGCAAAGCUGUCAUGUGAGCCAUGUAAUGUGUGUACUCUCUCGAUCUUUCCAGGGGAACUAAGGGUUUGGUCUCUUGUACAGUUCCUUUCUGUGAUAUGGGGGUUAAGUUGCGCCAGCAUAUGCGGAGCAUAUGUCUACAAUGACAGUAACUAUGAUAGAUAAAAGCAUAACUUUUGGAAGUUAUUAGAAACAGUUGUUAAUCCUGGUGGACUUUAACUUUCCUCAAGUCAUGUAGUAUGGGAUGCGGGGAAAUGAAAUGUCUUGAAAACGGGUACAGUAAGUCCUCUACAUACAAACCUUAAGAUGCGAACGUGUGUACACAUGUCCAAUCACGUAAGUUAAUUCAGGUGUCUGGUGUACAUUGUCAUAUGCGUGCAUCCUCUACAAGUGGUUGUACUUUAGCAUACUUUGCAGUACUGUAUGCAGUACAGUAGGACAGUAUCUGUAUUUUAAGCCCAGGAUGUCUGGAAACAAGCAUAAAAGCAGUGAUGUAGGUGGCACUGCUGAAGAACGAAAGAGUUUCAUGAUGCAGGAAGUGGUAAGGGGGUUUUCUUUAUGUGAGGAGGUACUGUUCGUUUUUGAGGCAGAGGACCCGAACGUAGAACGUCACACGAAAGUUGAAGCAACCAUUCAGAAUGCAAUCCAGUGCUACGGUGUCAUCUGACGAGAAAAAAAAGCUAGUACCCAGAUAGCACUGGAUCGUUUUUUCAAGAGGGUAGAUAGAAUUGAAUCCAGCAAGGGACCAGAACCUGUGCCAUCAACGUCAGGCACAGUGAAAUUGCAGCUUGCCCUCCAUCUCCUAUUGCUGAUGAUCCUUCAGCUCUACCAUCUCCCACCUCCAGUCAGUAACUCAUGGCCUAUUCACUUGAGGCCAGCCCCUGUAUGCUAGCUGUUGUACUUUUCAAGGUACUGUAAAAUUUAAAAUGUUUCUUAUAUUUUUUUGUGUUUGUUUUUUAUGUAUUUGUGUGAAAAAUAUUAUAAACCUAUUACAGUACAGUACCAUAUAGUCGAUUGUAUUAGUUGGGUACCUAGGCUAACUUUGUUGUACUUUGUCCGCUCUCAGAACGGAACUUGUUUAUAUGGGAAUUUACAGUAACUGUUCAGUCAGACAUUCCAACGUGGAUACCCCGGGAGGUCACUCCCCGGGCUCUGUCCUGGUGGCGUAGGGGAGCAUAGGGCUCUGCCCCAUGAUGUACAGUCCCUUUCCACAACGUUGGAGAUGAAGCUGGGCCUCGUCCGCGCCUGCAUAUUCCUACAGCUUCUCAGAGUCCUGUGGACAAUGACUGAGGAGACAAACCAUGCAGUGAGACAUCUAGUAAACCAGAAUUGAAAAGUGAAGUAAGAUUGUUAUGUAUGAAUCUAAUUCUUUUUUGUCCUUUUCAUUCAGGAGAGAAGAGGAGCCUUGCCUGACUUGUGCAGUUAACAAUGUUUUGUUUGGCAGGGAGAUUAGUAAAGACAGAAAGAUGCCACCCAAGCGUAUAACUAAGAGAAGGUCAUCCCCCGAAGAUGCCCUCCCCAAAAGCAAGAAGGUGAAGGACCCUCGUAACCAGGCAGUGAGGGCUGUUGCCUCCCGCCGCGUUCCAGGCGCCCGCUCCUGCCAAGUCUCACAUAGGUCCCACAACACAGAACCGGGUUUGGUGCUGACACUGGGCCAGGGCGACGUGGGCCAGCUGGGGCUGGGCGAGAAUGUGAUGGAGAGGAAGAAGCCAGCCCUGGUGCCCAUUCCAGAGGACAUCGUGCAGGCUGAGGCUGGGGGCAUGCACACUGUGUGUCUAAGCAAAAGUGGCCAGGUCUACUCCUUCGGCUGCAAUGAUGAGGGUGCCCUGGGAAGGGACACAUCAGUGGAGGGCUCAGAGAUGGUCCCUGGGAAAGUGGAACUGCAAGAGAAGGUGAUACAGGUGUCAGCAGGAGACAGUCACACAGCAGCCCUCACCGAGGAUGGCCGUGUCUUCCUCUGGGGCUCCUUCCGGGACAAUAAUGGUGUGAUCGGGCUCUUGGAACCCAUGAAAAAGAGCAUGGUGCCUGUGCAGGUGCAGCUGAGUAUGCCCGUGGUGAAGGUGGCCUCAGGAAACGACCACUUGGUGAUGCUGACAGUUGAUGGCGACCUCUAUACUUUGGGCUGCGGGGAGCAGGGCCAACUGGGCCGCGUGCCUGAAUUAUUUGCUAAUCGUGGUGGCCGGCAGGGCCUCGAACGACUCCUGGUCCCCAAGUGUGUGAUGCUGAAAUCCAGGGGAAGCCGGGGCCAUGUCAGAUUCCAGGAUGCCUUCUGUGGUGCCUACUUCACCUUUGCCAUCUCCUCUGAGGGCCAUGUGUAUGGCUUUGGCCUCUCCAACUACCAUCAGCUAGGAACCCCAGGCACAGAAUCUUGCUUUGUACCUCAGAACCUGACAUCCUUCAAGAACUCCACGAAGUCCUGGGUGGGCUUCUCUGGUGGCCAGCACCAUACAGUCUGCAUGGAUUCAGAAGGCAGAGCAUACAGCCUGGGCCGGGCUGAGUAUGGGCGGCUGGGCCUUGGGGAAGGUGCCGAGGAGAAGAGCAUACCCACCCUCAUCUCCAGGCUGCCCGCCGUCUCCUCGGUGGCUUGUGGGGCCUCUGUGGGGUAUGCUGUGGCCAAGGAUGGUCGUGUUUUUGCCUGGGGCAUGGGCACCAACUACCAGCUGGGCACAGGACAGGAAGAGGAUGCCUGGAGCCCCGUGGAGAUGACAGGCAAACAGCUGGAGAACCGUGUGGUCUUAUCUGUGUCCAGCGGGGGCCAGCACACAGUCUUACUAGUCAAGGACAAGGAACAGAGCUGAUGAAGCCUCUGAGGGCCUGGUUUCCGGCCCCCCCCCCCACCUCCCUCCUGGAACAAGGAAGCCGUGAUGUCUACAUAUUCCAGCAGGCCUCUUCCAGCUCCAAGUACUCUGUCAUCUCCUGCCUUUUUCCCAUCAGCAGAAAAGAAUCCUUCUCUUUUUUUUCCCUCAUUUUCCGGAAUCAUCCUGGGACCUACAGGAUGAGGGUGGGAUAGAUGGAAGAGGGGAGGGGGUUUUAAUCAGAAGGAACAUUGCUGACCCCACAGCUAUGUGGUUAGACCUUUCCCCCUCAUCCCUAAUUCCCAUGGUCCUGGCUGACCCUGGUUUUGCCUAUCAAAAACCAAAACUUCCUCCCCUGCGUGUUUGGUGCCCAUACUCUGAGAAGUCGGGGCUCCAUCAAGCCCUGCUCUAGUCAUGUGCCACUCUUCCUGUCCUUCACAACCCACAGACAGACAGAUGGUACAGUCCUGAGACCCAGCUGUCAUGGACCUAUAACUGGAGAAGGGGCAGGGCUACCCAGCCAUGGGCAACCCCAAGCCAAAUAUUUGGCCCUGAACAGGUGCCCAUGGGGCAAAAAGAAAAACAGUGAUCCUCCGAUUGAUCAAGAAAAAAGCCAAUCAGCCUUUCUCCCAGAAGCACAAAGCAUUCUGCCCUUCAGGCCUUGUCUGCCGAGUCUCACCCAUCCAACCUGCCUCACCUGCAGCCAAGGGCCUGAAAUCCAGAAAAGAAGCUACGCCUGCAGGGCAGGACCUCGAGGAGAGGGGAAGGAGGGCUUUAUAAGCAAACUUACAGCAAUAUUGAGAGUGAAGGGAGGGCGGGGAAGAGGGUUGGAGGGGCAGAGACUGGUCCCCAGAAAGGGAAGCAGUAGCUUGUACAGUGGCUGAAAAAAUAGAAGAGUAUUGAUUUUUUUUUUUUAAUGUAUUUUGGAGGGGAGAGUGAAAUCUUUUAACACUUUGAAUAAAUCUAAGAGUUUUAUAAAACAG